AAUAAAAAAAAAAGGUCGCGACAUAAUUAAAAAAGGGGCGAAAUAUAAUAAUGCCCUAUGCUCUCCUGUGCUAACCCAAAACCCCACCCCUUGGCUUGGCAACCCAGCUAGUAGAACCCGUCGACCCCCACACCGCCACCCAUAUCAGCCGUGCCUUUCACCAGUUUCCACCACCAACAGCCCCGCCCCGCUCCGCCCUUGUCGCCACCUGCUAACACCAACACAAUCACUCACCAUCAACCAACCCCUGCUACCCAGCCUUGCCCACUCCUCUCCUCUGCCAUCUCUGCCACCGCCAGAAGCUGCCCCACCACUAUCUGCCAUCUGCUGCCAGCUGUGAGGCCGAGCCACAUCUUGUUCAUUCAUCAUACCUUUACUCAACAUCUCAUGGUUCUCCAUCUUCUUCUUGAUAUAAAAGACAAAGCUGCUCCUUCGUCAUUCACCUCCAUCAAAGUUUUUUCAACAAUCUUGAGAAACAAUGACUCUCCAACAAUGAUAAAAUUCAUCAAUUGUGGACCAAUUAACCAAAUGGUUCCACUGGGAUGUAGUUCUGUCAAUCUCUUCAGAUAUGGGACUUUCCGAGACAGUGGAAAUGGGGUUGUCGUAGAAGAUCAAAAUUAAGAAGCUAUGGAAAUUGAGAUUUUUUUGAAUUUAAAAAAUGUAUUAAAGUCAUUUGUUGGAAUGUUUUGAAAUGAUAUUGGUACUUUUAGCUGUAUUUUAUGCAUGCCUCUCUCUCAAGUGAAUACAAUAUUGAGCAAGUGUUUGACGGUGAAUCAGGCAAAACAACUCCAUGCUCAGCUUGUUGUUAACAGUCUUGGUGAUCUUGAGACUGAGUUAGUCUGCCACUUAAUAACAUCUAUUCGCAAUUUUACUCCAACUGUUGUUCAUUACAUCCAAACAAUCCUCCGUUACCUGAAGCACCCUGACUGCUUUUCUUGGUCUUGUGUUAUACGUUCCUUUGCCCAACAUGGACUAUUCAGAGAGGCAUUUUCUCUUCAUGUUCAAAUGCAAAGGUCAGGAAUACAUCCUAGUACAUUUUCACUCUCAUCGUCUUUGAGAUCAUGUGCUCGUAUCUCUAACAAGGAUGGAGGUGUAUCCAUCCAUGCACAGGCACACAAAUAUAAAAUCUUUCAGAGUGUGUAUGUGAAAACAGCACUUUUGGAUUUUUAUGCUAAAUUGGGUGAUAUGAAGGCUGCUAAGAAACUUUUUGACGAGAUAAGCGACAAGAAUGUUGUUUCUUGGAAUUCCCUGCUGGCUGGAUAUCUGAAGUCUAGAGAUUUGUCAAUGGCUACACAGUUAUUCAACAAGAUGCCAGUCAAAGAUAUUGUUUCUUGGAACUCGAUGCUUUCUGGCUAUACAAGAUCAGGAGUUAUGGACAAGGCGUAUCUCUUAUUCCAACAGAUGUCUGAUAGAAAUUCGGCUUCAUGGAAUGCCAUGAUUAGUGGCUAUGUGGACUGCGGGAAUAUUAAAAUGGCACGUAGCUUUUUUGAUGCUAUGCCGCGGAGGAACAGCAUUUCUUUGAUAACUCUUAUAUCCGGUUACUCAAAAUGUGGAGAUGUUGACGCUGCUCACAAACUGUUUCUUGAUAUGCCGAAAAAAGAUGUGCCGUCUUUCAAUUCAAUGAUUGCCUGCUAUGCUCAAAAUAGCAGACCAAAGGAAGCAAUCCAAUUGUUCAAAGACAUGGUUGGGAGUGAAUUAGUUGAUCAACCCGACAAAAUGACUUUGGCUAGUGUCAUAUCUGCUUGUGCUCAGCUAGGAGACUUAGAUUACGGCUCUUGGAUAGAGUUGUACAUGAGAAGACUCGGGAUUGAAUUGGACGAUCAUUUGGCGACAGCAUUACUCGACCUAUACGCCAAGUGCGGAAGCAUUGACAAGGCUUACGAGUUGUUCCAUGGCUUGGCUAAGAAAGAUGUAGUUGCGUAUACUGCUAUGAUACUAGGAUGUGGGAUAAACGGUAAGCCUCACGAUGCUUUCAAGUUAUUUCAAGAGAUGAUAGAUGCCAAUAUUUCCCCGAAUUUAAUCACUUUUACGGGAAUUUUGACUGCUUAUAGUCAUGCCGGCCUCAUUGAAAAGGGCUAUCAUUGCUUUAAUUUGAUAAGGAAAUUCGGGCUGAUGCCUUCUACUGAUCAAUACGCAAUCAUGGUUGAUCUCCUCGGAAGGGCUGGAAGGUUGGAAGAAGCAUAUGAUCUGAUCAAGAACAUGCCGAUUCCACCUCAUUCUGGCGUUUGGGGUGCCUUGCUUCUUGCCUGCAGGCUACAUAAUAAUAUUGAGCUUGCCGAGAUUGCAGCACAAAUGUGUUUCGAAUUAGAGAGCGAUAAAGCUGGCUAUUCGUCGCUUCUUGCGAAUACCUACACAUUGAAUGAUAGGUGGGAUGAUGUUGAUAAAUUGAAGAAGAAUUUAAAGCAUGUGGGUUUGGCAAGGAUUCCUGGUUGUAGUUGGCUAUAAAAAAAACAUUGACAUUUUCUAAAUUGUGAUUACACAUUUACAAAGUGAAGUUGUAUUCUCAUAUGCAGUUUACUUGACAGUGAUGUAUUCUUCUGUUAAGCUGCUUUUUUGUUCACGAACUUACAGACGGAUUCAAAAUAAAAUCAAAUGAUGUCAA